UCCGAUGUUAAAGCGAUUAGCGAAAUUGCUCUACUAUCAAUGUCAUUAGAUCCAGCAUGGACUUACCGGUUUCAAUUUGCUGAGGACUACCCCGAAGAGCAUAAAGAAAAUACCCGCAAACGAUACGACGAAUAUUUGGCAGAUCAAAGAGAGGGCAGGUUCUGUAUUAUAGUAGCCGAAUUGCAUAUUGAGGACAAAACAAAAGUAAUUGCAUUCGCAAUAUGGCAACUUCCAAGAUCCCGCUUAAAGGCUAUUGACGAGGCGAAGCCACAUAUAGUAAAGCCUACUUCUGAUCGCCUCGAUCGAAAGGAUGCUAGCCCAGCUAGAAUGAAAGCUUUUCGAGCAUAUCGCGAAUAUAAAUGGCACUGGUUCGAUAAGAAGUACGGUGAAAAGCACCUGAGCUUAACGACCUUAGCGACUCACCCCGAUUAUAAAAGGGGGGGUGUUGGAACAGCGCUUUGUUGUUGGGGUAUCCAAAGAGCUAUUUCCGACAAACUUGAGGCCAUAACUCUUUUUGCAAGCCCUCUUGGAAAGCUACUUUAUACGAAGUUAAAGUUUAUAGAGGUGGGAAUAGUGCAUAUUCAAGUUGAAGGCGAGGCGCAGUUUAUUAAACUUUCUGGUAUG